GCUGAUUUUGACAAGUGCAAAAUUUGUAAACAAACAUGUAAAAUAAAUUGAAUAUGAAAGAUGAAAGCUGUUUUAGAAGUUUUAAAUUUAAUUAAAAAAGAUAAAUAUAUUAAAUAUUCAGUGAUAAUUAUAUUAUUUCUCUGUAUAGUGCAUUCCUUAAUAUUAGGCUAUGCAUCUGGAUUAAUAGUUCUGUUGUGGUAUAUUCUGGGUUAUGCUAUAUCAUUUAUACUAAUUGAAUAUCAACCUUAUGUAGUUGCUUAUCUAGAAAAACUUGUAAGUGUGUACAACAAUCGGUCAUCGAUUAGGGAAAAAAUAAAGUCUUCGUGUAGUGUUUGUGAUGAUCUUACAUGUAAAAGACAUCAAAUAACCAAAGACCUGAGACCAUGGAAAAUUAUACAAAUUAGUGAUGAAUUGAAUGAAGCUAUCAUACAUUUUUAUGAAAGAAUUUUAAAUACAUUUGUUUCAUCUUGGUAUAAUCAGUUCACAGAUAGUAAAGAUUUUCCAAAUGAAUUACGAUUUUGUUUAAAAUAUGCCAGUGCCACAUUAAUAAAUCGAUUUUUUCAAAUUGAUUAUAUAAAUGUGAUUACAAACAAAUUGGUACCACAGGCAAUUAAGCACAUUGAUGAUUAUCUUUACAUGCAACAAAUUGCUAAACUGAAAAAUGUAAAGUUUAAUGAUGUAGUGGUGGAAUAUUUAGGAAAAAAACUACAUCCAGCAAUUACGAAUAGAAAGAAUGAACUAGAAUAUUUACAACAUCUUAGUAGUGAACUUAUUAAACAGCUAUUGCCUGAGCAUUAUAUAAAAUGCAAAAAUUAUUCAGUAUUGUUAAGAGAAAUAUUAGCAGGUUGGGUUUUACUGCCACUAAUGGAUGUUUUAGCUGAUCCUAAUAUUAUAAACCAUUUAGUAAUAAUAGCAACUAACUAUAGGCCAGGAAAGUCAUCUAAAGUUUUAUCAACCGCUAACAAUGUAGAAUUUCUAGAGAAUUUUAUUGCUGUUGACGAUAACAGUACCUCAUCUUUAGCCAUCAAUUUAAAUAAAAUUAAAAACAAUGUAGAAUUAUUGUAUGCAUUUAUGCAAUUCCUUAAAAAGGAGGAACAAGUUCAUAUAUUACAAUUCUGUUUAGAUGUUGAUGAUUUCAAUACAAAAUUACUGACACCUGAUUUGACCAAAAAACAAUUAGAAGACUUACAUUCUCAAGCUAUAUCCUUGUAUAAGGAAUACUUAAGUGAAGAUUCUAUAAGUUUUAUUGGCUGUUCUAAGGAAAUUUGCGAUCAAUUUAAUGGAUUAAUUAAGGAUAUCUACAGUGUGGCUCAAUUAAGAACGUCAAAGCCUUUAUACCAGGCUUAUGAAUAUGCCUUUAAUUAUUUAGAGAGUAUUUGGUUACCCCAUUUUUUCCACAGUAAUGAAUUCUAUAAUUAUAUAUGUGGAUCAAAAGUUAGUGCUACUUAUCACAAAGCUUCUAUCAAAACAAAGCUUAUUGGUUUUGGGUCUCCCAUUAAAGAUAGGAGCAAGAAAUAUUAUGAACAAUCCAACUAUAGUGCAGUAUCGAAGAUUAGCAGCAGCUUCGGAAAAAUAAAAGGUGUUUUAAAAACACAAAUUCCGGUAGAAGGUUCUCUGGACUCUCUGGAAGCUAUCGAGAAUGGUAUUUCGGAAGAUUUAAUUCUAAACGAAAAUCUAAUUCGUGACCUUAGCAGCUGGAGAGUCACCAUUCCUACAUCUGAAGUAACACCAAACAAAGUAACGUACUUUUGCUUAAACGUUCUACAUGUGGACAAUUCUACACCUGACCACAAAAUUAACAACUGGAUUGUGUGGCGGAAAGAUCAGGACUUCUUUACAUUGAAGUCGAAACUGGUAGAAUUUCAUGGGGAAGAUGAGAUUUGUGAUUCGCCAUUGCCUUCUAGAAAAGCCGGAUCAGCUAUAGAAUCCCGCAUGGCAAAGUACGAAGACUUUAUCAUGAAACUGUUACAAAAGCCGAGCUUAAGAGGUAGCGAUUUAUUACAUACAUUCCUUACCCACGAUGAAGAUUUUACUUUAGUAAUAUCGACCCUGGCAGCUACAAAUCAGGAUAUAGGAAAUAUUUACCAGUCAGUGGCGUACAAAUUAAGAAAAGAAAAGGGUCAACAUCUGGAUUCGUUUAUGGCAACAUUCUUUAACUCUAUCGCCAAGCAGAAGCCAGAUAAAAUCGAUCUAGCAGAAGAGGGUUUAGAGAUGCAUAGUGGCAUUAAUCAGGUUACGCCUAAAACGUUCCAUAGUAACAUAUUUAAGGAUAAUUUUGGAGUUUCAUAUAGACAAUGUUUGGAUAGUUCGAGCAGCAGCUUCAGUCCAGUUUUGUUUUCGGAAUGCUUGUUUUAUCUGUUUAAAAAUAUUUUUAAAGUACCAAUUGUAUUUCUAAAAUUGUAUGUAGCUGUGUGCAGUGUUGCUCAACAGCUAAUUGAUUUGUUUAGCAAGAUAAUCAUAGAGAAGAAACUGAAAACGGCACUGUGUCAAUCGAAUUUGGCUUUUCUAAUUGGGUUACUUGAAGGCGUGAUAUUUGACCAUCGACCAACACACACCCAACAAGAAUACGAAGAAAGAAAAAUUAAAGCAUUCAAGGACAUAAACUUUUGCCCAAAGUACUUGGAACGAAUAUUUGGCAGCCCAAUAAACGAAGGCCUAACUACUAUAUUAGAAAUAUUGCAGAACCCACAUUACAAUAAACAGCUUGCUUAUAAUUUGAUUGAUAUAGUUCUAUUGGAAAUGUUUCCAGAAUUAGCAGGCCAAAAUUAAGAUGGUGCAAUAUUCAUCGGUUUAAUAUGUUCUAAUUUAUUUAUUUUUUUUUUAUGUGUUUUUUAUUAUUCUAUUAAGUGCUUUAAUUAUUGCAU